AUGACUCUGCUUCCUGGAAACGUCCCCUCGGCGACCUUGAAUGUCCCUGUCCCAAUCUCCGCCCCGCCGUACCCGACACCACCCAAGACCAUGCAUUGGAGCGGUAUCAGCUCCGUCAUCAUGAAGUACCGCACAGAUGGCAAUCUUGUGCGCGACCUCAUCCCCUCCAAUCUCUCAGUCGAACAAUCUCCCGUUGUAACAAUCAUGUUCGUCGACUACGGGGACUCGCCUAUGGGCACCUGUCAUGAAGUCAUCCAAUUUGUGGAAGUGGUCUACAACGGCCAGAAGUAUAACUACUCCAUGUUCCUGGUCCUGGAUAACCAAAUUGCGGUCUACAUUGGCCGAGAGGUCUUUGGCUUCCCAAAAGUAUUGGGCCAGGUGGAUUUCAACCCUAAACAGGCAGACUCAAGGAAUGCCAUCCGAGGAAGCUGCACAGCUCACACGGACACAAGCGGGCCAGUGGUGGAAUCUUCCUUCACGCCGGCCAACCGCCAGUGUGCCCAUGGUCCGCUGCAUCCCGGGAGUGAGGGGAGCCCGGUUUUGAAUUUGAGGCUUAUUCCGUCUUCGGUGCCCGGAGGUCCCCCUUCGGUCCGCGAAUUUGUGGAGGUUGAUUUCAGUCUGCAGGAUGGGGAGGUCUGGGAAGGAGACUGGGACUUGAAACUCCCAUCGCUGGCGGACUCGGACUCUUUCCAUAAACUGCCGGUGGUGGAGCGUCUGUCUGGCCAUCUUGUUCGGAAUAGCACGUCGACUGUGACUCUUGGGGACCAGGCUUUUGGAUUUUAG